UUUCUUGCGUAGGACUGAACGCUGACUCCCAAUAUUGCUGGUUCGAAAAUUACAAAGAAUACGGUAAUAUACAAAAUAAUAAGGUUUUACGGCAUUCUGUGCAAUUGAAGAAAUGAAAAAUUGCAAUUUCUUAACCUUGAUUAUCUUACAGUUCUGAGAAAUAUCAGUGUGUUAAAAUACCUAUUCGACAUAUCUUAACACCCAUUUUGCUAGUUAAUUACCGUAAUCAAGUGACUAUGUCCAGUGUAUAUCAACAAAACUGGGAUUACCGUUUUGUUGAUGCCAAAUAAGAAUGAUUAAGUCCGUAGUCACAGCACUUGAGAUCUCCAAUAGCCUACUAGUAUACUUUCUGAAUAAACUCAUUGAUAACCUAUUUCCUAUGGUGUGAUUUACUGUAACUUCAUAGUGCUUGAAAAAUAAAACACUGAUAUACAUGGUUUUGCAACAAGGUACAGCUUUCUCUGGCAUACAGGAUUCAUCGUUUGCAAAAAUCCUUUCUCGUGAUACUCGCUGAUACCUGGUGAACUAGUUUACAAGACUGCAAUCCAACAAGGAUAGUUAAAGGAUAUCAGGGAUACGUAUUUUAUGCCGAUUAACGACCAGUUGGAAUACGUCUGUAAUAUGUUACGUGAAGACAAAAAUUUUUCAAAUGGCUUACAUAUGAUUGGUAUAUCACAAGGUGGAUUGUUUGUUCGGACUUUAGUUCAGAAAUGUCCUCAGCAAGGAGUAUUCGGCAUACCAAAAUGUACAGAGUCAUUGGUUCAAGCACAAUACUGGCAUGAUCCUUUGAAAGAAGAUGUUUAUCGGCAGUAUUCACAAUUUUUGGCCGAUGCUAAUCAAGAAAAUCAAAUAAAUGAAAAUUAUCUAAAUAAUCUUAAAAAAAUAAAGCGUCUUGUAUUGGUGAAAUUUCUUAACGAUACAAUAGUAGUCCCACGAGAAUCAGAAUGGUUCGGGUUUUAUCAAGAUGGGUCGACGUCAAAUAUAACCAGACUACAAGACAGUCGUUUAUACACCGAAAACAGUCUGAGUAGGGACUGAAGCUCAGAGAUUUGAAUCACGACUUAUUGCUUGAAACACGAAUCCAUAACAGCUGUAAACACUUCACAGCACAUUAUUCGUGCUAAGUUUAAAACUCACAUUGUGAAACGUUUCUAAUAAUGAUAAUAAUCACUUUAUUUCUGACAAUACAGUAUGAAUUUCUCGAUGUGGUAUUUCAAAAAUUUACUCUUUUUAUAAUAUUUUCAAAUCGAAUAACCAUCACAGUUAAAUAUUGUUAACAAUAACAGUAUGAUAAAGAUGAAAGCACAACUACCAUUUUUUUCAGGUUUUCAUGUAGUUUGUGAGUACAUUCUUGUACGUUGGGGGUUGGUGACUAGAGAAGAACCCGUAAGUUUGGUGCUGGAGGUUGAUUCAGCCAGUAUGAAAAUAUGCAGUCUCAACUAACUAGUUCCGUAAUAGCUAUACGAUGUACUGAUGUGCACUCAGCAGCUCUUUGUCAUCUAUCAUAAUUUCUCGUAAUUUUGUUGUUAAGUUGUUUGACUAAAGGUUGAAGACAUUUUAAGGAUGUGAGAGAGUAUAUUUCACGACUUAUUGACAUUCAAAUGAUUGAAACAAGUGAACAAAGACCAAGUUGAUAAAAUAUAUUCGAUGCAAAAUUUUUGGUGAUCCAAAGUUCAAGCAGGCCAGCGUAACGUUGCGUGUCAGAAAUGAUGAAGAAUGCCUAUUAUAUGGCAAAUCCUGCAGGGACUUCAAUGCUGAAUAUUUAAGAGAAAACAUAUGGAGGAACCAUAUCACGUCUCAGGAAAACAUAACAUGACUUAUUACAUUGUUGCUAAUCCAUUUUUAUCUAUAUCAUUAGUCAAGUGGCCGUUUAGUUAACAUUUCUCCUAUUUGAUAAAGUCAGUGUUUCGGAAAAUUUAUCAAGAUUACAUAGAACCUAGGAGAUAUUUCCUUGCCAGAGGAGACGGUUAGGUAGCAUAUUCAUUUGAUUUUCUCCCAGUCAAACCUAUUCACUUACAAGUCCCAUAGUGAGUACUUUACAAUUUUGCUGGUUGAUUUCCAUUGGUUUGUUUGUAAGUUACAUUUUCUAUUCUAGUUUCUUCACCAUACGUAUCGCCCACUGAAAGUUUGAUUGACUGGAUAAGGUUUCAGACACAAUUUUAUGUCUAUAAUUACAUCACUUCGAUUGGUAUGACUGCAUACAUAAUACAAUUUCACUGUGAUAAACAAACUAAAAUGCAAACUAUACUUUCCGAUUUAUUCAAGUUUUACUGUCAUGUUAUUCCAUUUCCUGUUCAAAAAUACCAUGGAAUUCUUUCGUCUAGUUUAAUUACAAAAACCUUUUUAAUGAAUAACUUUGAAUAUUCUUAAAAUUACUGCCCUUAAAUUCCUUUUAUUUUAGGAUCGUUUAGGUCUUCAAACACUUGAAAAAAGAGGUGAUUUACACUUUAUUACAAAAGAUGGUGAUCAUUUACAUUUUGAUUUAGAGUGGUUUGCGGGAAAUAUUGUAAUUCCAUUCCUCAAGUGAUUUUUUUAAUGAUAAACCAAUAAACUUGUACUUUUUUCCUGAAUAAAUUUCAGACUAAAUAUCUUUUUCAGUGAUUGCUGACAGUGAUUAACCUGAUGAAUACUCAUUUUGAAUUGACUGUAUUUAACUUUUUACGUUUCGCUAACUCGUAAAACAUUUCAUAGAGCUGUGAGGAAAUUCAAUUUAUGAAAAUUUGUUACUGAAGAGAAAGUUUUCAAACUAAAGAGAAAUAAUACAUUUUAAUGAACGAUUACUGAACUGAUUUCCUUUAUUAGUUUAACUUUCAACAAUUUUGUCAUGAACAGUUAAAAUAAUCAUAAAUUUUAGUUAAUGUGGCUAGGAUAUUUGUCGUUCAUUUUACACCAAUGCACUCUCUGUCGUACCCAAACAUGACCGUGCUGUUCAGAGGUGCUACAGCUUCAAAUUCCACGCUAACUUGCCAGUUUGUACAGUGUUUGAGCAAAAACCGUUGUUAGUAAAUCAAAAGCAUCAAAAAUCACAGAGUGAAAGGUUUUCAGGUUUGAAGCAAACAAGAGCGCGAAACGUGUUAAUUACCACGUAUCAUUCGAAUUUUGUCGAAACCGCUUAAAAUAAGUGGUGUGAUAUUUAAACUAUAGUAUCCUUCAUGGUUACUUUUCCGGUAAACAUGACACAGAAGGUGACUGGAAAUAUGCUUACGAUUUUAGCGGAUGAACAACGACCCUUUAUUAGGGAAAAAAAACAAAAUGUUUGAACAACAUCACCCGAACAGUAUGGAAGUAAAAGAAGAACGUCGUUAGGGAAGUAGGUGUACCAAGUAGUUUUCCAUCUGUAUAUCAUUUCAGAGUGAAAGUGUAGAAACCAGAUUACUAUGAUAUAUUGGAUGAAUCAACAACCACAUCACUUUAUAAAAGAGAUAGUAAGCAGAAUACUGUGCUCUAUAAAAAAAAUCCUCUCAUUUUGGUCACUGAAAUAAUUCAUUAACUCUAUGCGUCUGAACAUUUUUCUUCCCAUUGGUGAAACGUUCAACAGAUAUAAAGUCGGUGGUAUACUGAAUGAAUACGUCCACUAAAAGGCGAUUAUAUAUAGGAUUCUCCACCGACAGGUCCUUAAUUUAUCCCAAAUGAAAUUCGCUCUGGUUUAAUGUUUGCCAACAGCAUUCUGAAUAGAACGGGACGAAGCAAAAAGUCCAAUCCCACGUCUUCUGUUUAACAAUAAAUUCCAAUAAUUCCAUGUUAAUUUCUUCGUUGCAAACUUCACGCAAUGAAACUGUAUUCUUCAUAGUAAGACGUUUGGAAAACAGUUCAUUUUUUAUAUUCAUUUCAAAAGUGAUAGAUAUGCAUGAUGAACCUAUCUGAUCAGCUAAUACUCACAUAUUCCUAUGCAGUGGGCAUUCGCUGAUAAUAAUAGAUGAUACAUAUCCUAAUUUUAUAGCUCAUAUUGUAUGCAAGCUUUCCAUGCUCCGGAUACACUAACGAUGGAUUUCGUACAGCUAUUUUGAGUGACCAUGCUUUUUAAUCAUACCUGUAUACGAAGGAGAUGAUUACAACAACCACCAUACGUAUGAAUUUAUAGACUGUGUCAGACAUAUAGGGAUCAAGAGCCAGGCAGAACCUGCUCCAACCAUUGCUACAUGUUCAAGCUGCAACGCCUGCGAAAGGUCAUGGAGAUCUUCUACCAUAAAACUAUGUUUAUUAUGAAGUCGGACACUAUUUUAGUGACAGUGUGAUAAGGAGUGCCUUAGUCAUGGACAGAGAAGCAAUAAUUGAGGUGAAACUAGCAUAAUGUUCAGAAAAGACUAUGCUAUGAUGAGAACGUCGUGGGUGAAUAUUGUGCGACUCCAAACGGAAUAACUUUUUGUGAUUGCGUUGCAUCUGAAAAACUGAUUACCUUAUGUCUGCUUUUUUAUGUUUGCCUAAGGACAAAGCAACAAACUAUUAAUCUCACGGAUUUCUAACCGCUAUUCUUGUUUAUUUGAUACAGUGUAUUUAAUUCUACUGUAUAAUGAACAGGAGUUGACGUAUACAACAAUCGACUUCACAUGUUCAGACUUACUCAGUCUACAGGGUAAGUGCUCAUAGUCUUUCACACUGCUCAAACUACUCAAUAAAACGGUGUUGAAUGUCAGUUGAUGGAAUUUAAACAUACCAUCCACAAUCACCAAGCAAAUCCCUCAUGUAUCAUGUUGCCGUUUAUUUAGCAAAGAACAGAUACACAUCUAUGUAUCUGUUGAGUGGAUAAAGCCACAUGAGUGGACAGGACGUUACCAGACUUAUUUAUCAAAGUACAUCUAAAAUUUAUCCUCAUUCAGCUCCAAAGUUUCUAGUCAACGUGGCUAUUUGGACUCCUAACAGUUACAAAUCACUCUAAAUUUCCUUUCUUCCUACCUCUUGCCGAUUGUAAAAUUCCAUCUGCUCAAUAUGUUCGUGAUUUCAACGUUUUAGAUUCCAUGAACUUUAUCACCCUGUUUCUGCAAGUGAUUUCCGAUUGCCACACACGAUCUCUGUCAUUUGUUUCUAGAUUCAAAAGAUUAUGGAUCUAAUGAGUGGGGCUACCAAUCACACUGAUACAUUCAUAUCCUUAUUGAAGCACUGGUUGACGAGAUGAUCCUGAAAGACGACUGCUCCUCCAGCUUCUUAUUUACUCUCAGGGUCUGACCUGGCAUCACUGUAUGAUGGACAAAGAUGUUACAUCUUAUAUCAACAUAUCCACAUGUCAACAAGGCGACCAAACAAAAGACAAAGAAAUGGAGAUGAUGCAAGCAAAAUUCAUGAAGAGAUAGAAGUGAGGAAGUAUAAGGGAUGAAGCAAAUUAAGAAAUAUGGAAUGACGAUUAGAAUUAAGAUAAAGAAUGGAUGCAUUCACAUUGGUGUGACUGGUUCUGAGUCACAUAAUCUACAGUCUUUCAAUACAGUUUUCGGGUGUCACGAACAUCAAAAGGGAGAUCGUCGUUCCCCUAAAUUCGCAGACCAUCAGUGAGAUAAUUCCUGAAUUGAUGGCAUGUUACUGCCUGACUGCUCUAGCCUAGCCCUAUUUCUGCUAACAUGAUGCAUCACGACAAAGGAAUACAUGACAUGCUUACCGAACAUAUGCUUCAAAUAUCUCGAUAAAUAAGAUUCACAACCUUAUCUACCGUGUAAUCUCUCUUACCCAAGACCAUAGUUUAACACAGAUUACUAACGUGGUGAUUCUAGGACACACCCAAACCAAUGACCUAAACUGUUUCAGUCGACUAUGGAAAUGAUUUUGCGUCAUCUACCUGAAAAAACCUCAAUGUCUGACAUUCCUUUUCGCAUGCAAAAGUUUACGUGACUUGUUGAAACCUUCUAUUCAGUGGCUACAUUCUACGCACAUUGGAUUGCACUUCAACUGAACUUAUUGUGGUUCAUUUCUAGGCUCAUAAACUCUUUGACCAUCAAUUCUCCAAAUUGUUCAAAGUGGUUUUUGUUACAUAGUAUCGAUAGUCUUGAGACUGUAAAGCUUAUCGAGAAAAGAAUACUUAUCUAAAUAAGAAUGUUAUUUGUCUCCUCAUCAAUGAAUUUUGAAUAUGACUUUCAAACAAAUUACCUUGUAAAUUUCAUGCAUCUCUUUUCUUAUUUCAGCUCCAUUACAGGGAGAAUAACCAGUAAAGAAGAAUAGUAUAUAUCGUGGGUUCUCAUCAGCUGCUUAAAACCCAAAAAAUGUCAAAAUGUAAACGGUGCGAUGAGAAUUCACAUACUUUUAUCAGGUCGGUAAGAAUUAGAAUGAUAUGGAUCAGCUAUCAUCGAGUAGAUUGUGAGAAGUUUCAGAAAGUUUAGACAUUCAUUAGAUGCAUUGGUGAAUGAAAAUUUUGGAGAGAAAUUAGGAAGUGGAUCGAAUUCAAUAAUAAUUGAACAUGGAAAAUUGCCAUCAAAAAUUUCGUUACUGUAAGAAACUGAACAAUUCACAGAAGCUUUUGUGAUAAACUCCAAAAACGCUGAACUUGGCUACAGCAAAACGUGGGGAUAAAGUUAACACUUCACUUUCUUCCCGAUGAUCGAAGUGAUGCCAUAUUGAAAGUCUGUCAAACAAAGAGUGCAAUGUAACAAUGAAGAAGUGAGCGAACUGAAUUCGCAAUGUAUUGUAUUUGAAUGAUGGAAUCAGUUUGUUGAAGUUCAGCAGGCCUUAUUUCGUCAUUCUUAAUUCACUAGCCAGACAGCAAGAUUUGCGAUCCCGACAGAACUACUGCUCUUCCUGUGGUUAGUGGUGGUCCUCAGUGGGAGGCCCAAUGAUUGGGUAAUAAGUUCCGUCAGUCACAAGUGUGUCUUCCGCUCGACUGAUGAAAAAUUGGUGCUGGUAUACCUGAACACUGAAAACAAAAAUACUGUUCGGAAGAAAUAUAUUAACUUCACACUAAGGACAACCUCCAGCUUUUAUCUGAUAUCCACUUACUCAUAUCAUUGUCUGUUUUGAUAAUGGAACAAUCAUACGUUAUGCCUUACAUUGGCUGUUAUAUUUCACCUAUUCUCAUAGAUUUAUAACUGGAGAGCCUGAAGAAGAAGGCGUUAAAAAUAAUUGUUUACUCAAAUUACUCUUAUUCUGAAUAAUCUAUGAGAGUCUUCCAAUUGCAUAAAAGUAGACAAAACGCAUGAGGAAAAAGGGAUGAAGGCAGAUGGACAUUUUGCAAUUGUUGAAGAGGAUAAAUAGCCACGGAGUCUUCGACACUGAUUUAUCAUGUGGAAUACAACAGUUCGGUGCAUAAUCGACUUUAGUCACCUUUGUUAAGUGUAUUUAUGAAUAUAGAUUCAACCACUAGUUUAUAUUUUGUUUGAAUUAAACAUAGGUAUACUCGAUUUGUACCAACCAAUAAGAUUCUUUUCUUCUUUGGCUCUGAUAACUGUUGAUGCAUUUAUCUAGAAUUCUACACUAUUGUCUCCCUCUAGACUUACCUUACAGUUGACUUUAACAUUCACUCCAUCAUACUUUGAAUGACAUUGAAGUGUGACCCCUAUAACCCGUAGGGAAGUUAACACAGCAUGUUUCACAUACUAUAAUAUUUUAUCAGAUUCGAUAACUGGAUACUUGAUCGAACUUAUAUUUUGCUUUACUUUGUGAGGUCGUUUGGAUUUUUUGAAUUUCUAGCGGCUACUUCAGCACCUUCCUUUUCAACAUCACUAAUUUUUUUUAUCAUUGUCUUUCUUCUCUACCUGUGUUGGUAUUCAUAUUUUCGCUUGUUACCUUUAUUGAAAUGUUGUGCAUAGUAGCGGGCUAACGACAUUUACAGUGAAAUGUUCCUCCUUCCUUCAUUUUAGUCACUACUUUAUAUAGGUGCACUGCGAGUCAUAUUUUCUGUCAUAUCUGUAAUCCCUUGCCCUAUCAGUACAAGACCUGAGAAUCAGAUCAUCAAUCAGUCGGUCGCAUGUGAUCUUAAUCAUGAUGACCUGACCACCAACACUUUUUGGGCCUUGACUUUUCAAUAUAGUUUUCUGAUAAAAAACAUUAUUCACUCAGUACUAGAGCCUGCAUGAACGUUGGGUUCUUGCCAUAUUAUCUGGAUUGACAGAAUGCUUCUUGGACAGGUUUCAUAUGCUGCUGCUGUGUGGAUGGAAACAUAAUAUUUGCAAGCAUUCGUUGAUCCAUUUCUAUCACGGUUACAUGAUCUGGUUCGAAAUCCAGUAAUUUUUAAUAAUUUGGUUUCUCAUAGAUGGUCCUUUAAAAUUACCGUCCUUCAUCAUUUCGUUCUGCAUGUCCAACAGUGGUAAUUCAUGUAGCUCCUUUUUAUUGUGAACUUAACUGAAUCUGUAUGACUGCUUUUGUUUGCAUGAAGUCUUUCGGUAUGGUUGUUCUUCAUUAAUACUAUAGGACCAUAGUCACAUAUCUGCCAAAUUUUAAUUGAUGAAAUCAAUCUUGUCUAACCCUAUCCUUCUUCGUUUGACAUUGGACAUUCACUCGCUGUGAUUUCACAACCUCAUCGAUCGGCUUGCUUGUUUUACCUAGUACCCUUCACCUAACCCCAACAUUGCUCACAUGGUGAUCCCACCAUGCGCAAGCAAUGCUACGAUGAUACCUAUGAUCAUAUCCUCUUCUCCUAACGGUCACAUCACACAGCCAUGUACCAGGACAGAACAACUUAUAGCGUAAUUUACCCGUCCUUGAAUAAACAGCCGAAUAUCUUGACAGACUGCGCCACAGAUGACGGAAAUUGGGAGAUUUCAAAUGCGUGUAGAGAGUGUUGACUGUGUUACUACUACAUAACGUUUAACCAGCCCUACUUAACUUGUGCUCUAGUACCUUCUUAAUCAGUACGUUACCAAACGUGUAGUUACUGUAGCGUCACACACUUCUCCAGAAUCAAUAGCCUAGGGUUCAAAGAGAUUCAACAUUGAUACUGACCUUCAUAGUUUAAUUGGACUUGCUAAGCUGAAGGCACCCGGUCAAGCAUCCUCGCCAUUUGGCACGCUGUUGUGUUACGUUACACUGCUCGUAAUCGACUCUCUAGGCAGUUAGUUGGAACGUAUCGGUAUCUUGGCACGACCUCUCAAAUAUACUGUUCCAUCCGACU